AUGCCUAGACUAAAACAAAGAGUCAAGCCACUAAGAGAUGAUGGCAGGAAUGUAAAGAAUGUCAUAACCUUCAGACAGGGAUUUGUUUUCAUUUUAAGUACAAAAGAAGAAAUUGAUGGAAAAGAAGAUGCUGGAAUAGCUCUUUGGAGAACCUUUAAUUACAUUGCAGAGGAAUCUGACACCUCUCAAGCCUUUACCUCGAUAAUUAAUAUGUACCAUGAAGUGAAAGAUGGAACUGUUCUAACAGUAAAUCACGUGAAAGAUGUUCUUAGAAGUGAAUACCCACAUGCUGAUGUUCAGAGUAUACUAGGUGUUCAUUCUGAAUAUGAUGAAGGGAGGAAGGCAGGAGCAACCUUUUAUAAAAAGACUGGCCUGGGUCCAUUGCCUCAAGCUCUCUUUAACGGCGUGCCCUUUAACAGAGAAGAGAUGGAUGCUGCCGAGUUAGAGACAGUUAUUCUUCAGAGGAUUAUUGAUGCCACCGGGUUCUUCCAGAGGGCAGUGUUCAUGAGUCUGUUAAAUGAUCAUGUAAAUGCAAUGGAUUUUCUUAUGGAUCAGCACAAUGUAGUUUCCCGUAUAAAACCCACUAUUCUUGGAGCAGAAAGAAGAUACAUACAUUUCAGAUCUACAUCUGUUCCAUUUGAUGUGGAAGACUUCUCUACAUUCUCCUUUUUGGACUCACAAGAUAAAAGUGCUGUAAUUUCAGACAACAUGAAGUAUUUAACAAAAAAGGGUGAAGAUGCAUUAUAUGCUGUUACUAUCUGGAUUAUUGCUGAUUUUGAUAAGCCAGCUGGGAGACGACUGCUUUCCAAUGCCUUGAAACACCUGAAAACAAGCAGUCAUGCACGAGUUGGGAUUUUGAACAAUCCUUCAUCAAAAAUAAAGGAAGAUAACACAGCCAUUGCAAGAGGAAUUUUGACCGCUUUUCUAACCCAAAACAACAGCAACUUAAAAAGUUUCCUAAGUAAACUCACUAAGGAAGAGACAGCAAAAUCCCUUGCUGCUGGAACUAAAAUUACGAAAUUCCUCAUCCCAGGAAUGGAUGACAAUACUUUUGAGAAGAAGUACAACACUUUAGGAUUGGAUUUAAUUAAAACCCAACAGAUGUUCUGCCAGGAGGUUCUUAAACUGCUUCCUGGGCAAAUGGCUGUUAUGAGCAAUGGCAGGGUACUGGGUCCUUUAGAUGAAAAUGAAUUCUAUGCAGAUGACUUUAAUUUGUUGGAAAAAAUAACAUACAGUACCUCAGCGGAGAAGAUUAAAGCUAUUGUUAAAGAGAUGGGAAACAAUAGUAAAAGUGGCAGUGAUUUGAUUAUGAAAAUAGAUGCCCUACUGUCAUCUUUGCCUAAAACAGAGAUGAGACAAGAUGCUGAAUUACUCAACGAACAGCACAGUGUAGUAAAAGUCGAUCCCCAACAGAAUGAACCAUUCUAUGAUGUUAUUGCUAUUGUGGAUCCAUUGACAAGAGAAGCACAGAAGAUGGCUCACUUAUUGAUUGUACUCAAAGACAUUAUCAAUGUGAAACUCAGGUUGUUUUUGAACUGCAGAUCUAAGCUGUCAGAAGUGCCACUGAAGAGCUUCUAUCGUUUUGUUCUGGAACCAGAAUUAACUUACGGGAUCAACAAACACCUUCCUUCUGAACCUGUGGCAAAAUUCCUAGAAUUGCCAGAAUCACCCCUUUUGACUCUAAACAUGGUCACUCCUGAAAGCUGGUUGGUUGAAGCAGUGAACAGUUCCUGUGAUUUAGAUAACAUUCAUUUACAGGAUAUGAAAGAGACAGUUAUAGCAGAAUAUGAACUAGAAUAUAUAUUGCUUGAAGGACAUUGCUUUGAUGUAACCACAGGACAACCUCCUCGAGGGUUACAGUUUACUCUGGGUACAAAGAAUAAUCCUGUCAUGGUUGAUACUAUUGUGAUGGCCAAUCUGGGAUAUUUUCAGCUGAAAGCAAAUCCAGGUGCUUGGACACUGAGAUUGCGUAAAGGAAGAUCUGAAGAGAUUUAUCAGGUUUUUUCCCAUGAAGGAACAGAUUCUGUUGCUGACCUGACAGAUGUUAUUGUGGUAUUAAACAACUUCAGAAGCAAAAUUAUCAAAGUCCAAGUACAGAAAAAGCCUGAUAAAAUUAAUGAAGAUCUCCUUACUGAUGGAAGAACAGGAAAAAAAGGAAAUCAGGUAUCAGUUACUAGAUUUUCAGAAGAAAUUCCAACAGAAGAGAAGGAAAAGAAAAGUGAUAUUCUUAACAUUUUUUCAGUUGCUUCAGGCCAUUUAUAUGAACGCUUUUUAAGAAUUAUGAUGCUUUCAGUCCUACGUCAUACAAAAACACCAGUUAAAUUUUGGUUUCUGAAAAAUUAUCUCUCCCCAACAUUUAAGGAUGUUAUUCCUCACAUGGCUAAAAAGUAUGAUUUCAAGUAUGAGUUAGUACAGUAUAAGUGGCCCCGCUGGCUUUAUCAACAGACAGAAAAACAAAGAAUUAUCUGGGGCUACAAAAUCCUUUUUUUGGAUGUUCUUUUCCCUUUGGCUGUGGAUAAAAUAAUAUUUGUCGAUGCUGAUCAGAUUGUGAGAAGUGACCUAAAAGAACUCAGAGAUCUAGAUCUAAAUGGAGCUCCCUAUGGAUACACACCUUUCUGUGACAGUCGUAAAGAAAUGGAUGGGUACCGUUUCUGGAAAUCAGGAUACUGGGCAUCACAUCUUGGGAAAAGGAAAUACCAUAUUAGUGCCUUAUAUGUUGUGGAUCUUAAAAAGUUCAGGAAGAUUGCAGCAGGAGAUAGGCUUCGGGGCCAGUACCAGGCUCUUAGUCAAGAUCCAAACAGUCUGUCAAAUCUAGAUCAG